AUGAAGUUUUCUGGAAGAGCGCUGAUUCGUAGAGCAAUUGCUUCUUACCAUUACGGCAUAUUUGCUGAUCCCUUUUCUUUCUUCUUUUCAAAUUUUCACAGUGUGGUUAAAAAAGAUCGAUCCUUUUCACCUAAGCCCAGAAUAGAUUUGAGUUGUAUAAAUGAAUUAGACGAUGCUGUUUUCUUGUUUCGUCAAAUGGUGAGAAUGCAGCCACAGCCUUCCGUUAUUGAAUUCACCAAACUAUUGCAAGUUAUUGUCAAGAUGAAACAAUACUCUGUUGCCCUUCAACUGUUCGACGAAAUGCGUCAAUGGGGUGCCCCUAUAGAUGAGUACACAAUGAACAUCUUAAUUAAUUGCUGCUGCCUUUUGAAACGCAUAGAAGUUGGUUUUGCUAUCUUCGGCAUCUUCCUUAAACACGGUUACGAGGCAGAUGUUACGACAUUCAACACCCUCCUAAAAGGUCUCUUUUUAGAUGGUAAUGUGGCCGAGGCAGAGAAAUUGUUCAAGAAGAUUUUGACUUUGAAACUCUGUGAGCCAGACGAUGUUACGAUUCUUACUGCGAUUGACGGGCUCUGCAAAGCUGGACGUGUUCAUACUGCCCGUGAUUUGCUUUUGUUGUUGGAAAAGACUAUCUAUAAACCCGAUGUUAAGGCGUAUAGUGCUGUAAUUGAUUGUUUAUGCAAGUGCCGAAUGGUGGAUAAUGCACUCGAGCUCAAGUCUAGAAUGAUUGAUAAGGGCAUUUCACCGACUGUCGUCACAUAUAGCUCGAUGAUUCAGGGCUUGUGCAAUUUUGGUAGAUGGAAAGAGGUGAAGGACUUACUUAAUGAAAUGGUCGAUCACAAGAUAUACUUGACUGUCGUUACUUUUAAUAUAUUGGUGGACGCAUUUUGUAAGGAAGGAAAUGUUAAAGAGGCUGAGGAUGUUUUGAAAAUUAUGAAGCAACAAAAUAUUAGUCCCGUUAUUGUCACGUACAAUGCGUUAAUAGAUGGGUAUUGUUUGCAAGGGAAAAUGGAUAAAGCGAAAGAAGUAUUUGAUUCUAUAACGGGCAACGGCCUUAAGGCAUGUAUUAUCAGCUAUGGCACUUUAAUAAACGGAUAUUGCAAGAAGGGAAAAGUUGAUGAAGCUCUGCGACUUUUUCUCGAAGCUUCUUCUAAAGGUUUAGAACACACGACAUUUACCUAUAGCAUCAUGAUACACGGAUUAUUUAGUAAAGGCAGAAAUGCUGACGGAUGGAAGCUUUAUAAGGACAUGGAAGCUCGGCACGUACCUCCAGAUUUAUAUACUUGCAAUAUUUUGUUGGAAGGCUUGUGCAAGACACAGCAGAUUGCUGACGCGUUUUUAUUUCUACGGGCGAUGGAAGACAAAGGGUUAAACCCUAAUAUAGUCACAUACGGGAUCUUGAUUAAUGGUUUGUGCAAAGAUGGGAAACUUGUAGAGGCGAAAAAUAUUUUAAACGAACUUCCUUCCAAAGGAUUGAAACCUAAUAUUAAAAUAUAUACCGUUAUUCUCGGUUCACUUUGCCGAGAAGGGUGUGUAGACGAGGCAAAAGAUUUGAUUGUAAACAUGGAGAGAAGUGGUUGUGCACCGGAUAGUGUGAUGUACAACAGCAUAAUCCAGGGUUUGCUAAAGAAAAAAGAGGUUUACAAGGCAAUCCCGUUCUUAGAGGACAUGCACAAAAGGGGAUUCUAUGCCGACGCAUCUACUUCAUCCUUGUUAAUUAAUCACAUGCAAGGAUCUAACAAAGACGAUAUUCUUAUGGAGAUGAUGAAGAAAGUUGUACCGAAAAUCUAA